AUGAUUAAAUCACUUUAAGUUGAUGAAGAAUAAAAGAAACUAUAAAAUAAUAGUAAUGGUCAAGUAGAUUAAAUCAAAAGUACAUUUAUUAUAAAUCUAUAUAGGUCCUGUAUCGAAUUAAUAAAGAUUAGAUAGUGGUUAAGAUGUUCCAAUUUAAAAAAGAACACCUUCAGCUUCUCCUUUAUUAAAAAACAAUAAACCUUUAUUAGAGCCAAAUUUAGAUGAACCAGUUAAUCCUGCUGUCACUCCUUUUUAAUAAUCUUCAAAGAAAAUACAAUUUACAGGUGUUAGAUCAGAAUAAUAAAUAACAAAAUCUCCAGCAGAAAGAAUACCUUAUGAAAAAUACCAUAGAAAUGGUAAUGUUAGUUUACAAUAAUUGAAUCUACCUAAAUUACCUGGAUAUAAAUUAGAAUUUGGUCCUAUGUUUUUAAUUAUUAUGGGAUUAUCAUUUCCAUUUGGGAUACUUAUAGCUUAUAUUAGUAGUGAAUUUGAUUCAGGAACAUUUACAUUUGUUAAUUGUUGGCUUUUGAUUGGAUUGUUUACAUUAUCAUUAAUUCAACAAUUAUAUACUCAUAAAAAUGGAUUAUGCAAUUAUAUAUUAUCUAAGACAGAAUUAGAUUUCUGGAAUGAACCUAAAUUUAUUAAAAUUAUGUGGGGUAUUCGAAUAGUAUUAUUAAUUGUAAAUUUAUGUUUAACAAUUUAUUAUGGUUAUUCAGUUUGGAAUGAUAACAUUAGUGAUUCAAUAAUAUCAAUAUUUGUAUUUUUAACAAUCCUUACUUUUUGCAAUAUGAUUUUUAUUAUUUUUAUCUUUUAUGUAAUUAUUCAUUUUAUUAUUAAGGCAAUUAUUCCAGUAAGUAAUAAAUAAUUAGUUGUCAUUAAAGAAAGAGUAGAUAGAAUUCAAAGAAUGCAAGAAAAUAUUUAAAUCCCACUUUCAUUUUAAUUUUGCAAUCAACUUCUUGGAGUAUUUCAACAUGGUUCUGAAGGCAAUAUUUAUUAAAGUACUAUAGCAUCUCAAAAUUAUUAAAAAUUUGUGAAUGAAGUGGAAGAAAGAUAAAGAGAACUUUUAGCUGUAGCUAGAUCUAGAAAUGAUAAAUUAACUCAUGAUGCUUGUGAUUUUGUGAAUAAAUUGACUAAACAAUUAAAAGAAAAGAAAGAUAAUUAAAUGAACAUUUAAAGAGUUAGCAAUCCUGGUAUUGCUCCUUUCGAUAUAUUAGUUAAUUAUCUUUCUUUCUUUUUCCUUUAUUGUAUAGGAUUUCCUAUUUUUCUUUAUUUUGCCAUGGCAUAUUAAGAAGUUAAAUCUAAUUAUUUGCCUAUACUAUUCUUUCUUUAUCCUUUAUCCUUAUAUGUUUGGAAGAAAUUUACUUUAAGUUUCUUUACUAUGAAAUAAUAUGUAGAUUAUAAUUAUGAAUCUAAAAUUGUAAUUUUAGGUGUUACAGGAUAUAGAAUAGGAACUAUGUCAGUUUAAAGAUUGGGUGUUGGAUUUUUUAUAGAAUUUCUAUUGAUCAAAUUUGCAUGUAAAAUACUGUAUUAUUGGAUUUUUGUAUUUGGAUAUUAUUUUAAUUUGGAGUAAAGAAAAUAAAUGUUCAUGAAUUAUAUUAGAGGUAGUGUUGUUGAUAAUUCCCAAUAAAAAAAUAAAUUGGAAACUAAGAAAACCACUUUAAUAUAAUCUGCAACAUAAGUUAAGGAUAAGAGAUAAUCUCUUUAUGAAGCAUAAGAAUAAGAAACACCUUCAUUUUCUAAAACUGCUGCUAAUUGGAUUCAUGUUGAUAAUAUUGAAAACAUUAAAAAAGCUUUGGUUACAAAAUAAAUAUUCGGUUUUGUAUUAUAAGAAGCAUUUGAAAUUGUUAUAGCCCUAUUAUUUAUUAUAUUGAGUUAAAUUUUAUAUAAUGAAAAACAAUAAAUUUAAAAAUGGUCUACAUUUGAUGUUAACAGUGAUGAACAUCAAACAUUUUAAUUGGAAAUAGGAUUAGAAAUACUUAUUGAGUUUGCUUUUUGUAUUAUUACAAUCAGCUUUUAUGUAAAAUAAUUAAAGUAAAAUAUUUUAUUAAUUUUUUAAGAAUUCCAAGUACAUACAGUUUUUUUUAAUAAAUCUAACAUAUAAUUGGGAAUGAUGGAUUGAAAUCAUUAAUUUAUGACUAUUGUUUUGCGAUUGUCCUAUGUUUUUUAAUAGUUGGGAAUAAAUUUGAAAUUAAAUGA